UGCAUGGAUUUCGGCACUGUUUUCCUCUGCAAUUAUCCCCCUGUAAUUUUCGAAUCAACGAUAUCAUAAAUAUAUUUUUGUCUUACAAUGAAAGAAGUUUACUGCAUGGUUGUGCAGCGGAGAAUAACUUGGCAUACUGCGAUAUCACGUUCAGGAAUAUUUUCGAGCGCCGACAUAUCGGGACCUUGGGCUGCAUGAUUCAUUCUCUUCAAUGCUGAAGUAGUCUUUAGCUGUUUAUUAAGUCGAUUCAGCUGCACGAUAAUAGAACCUAUACUCAUACCAAGAUUUACCCGAUUUUCGAAUGUGGUAAUCACAACAUGAGUUGCUAUAGAACUUAUUGACUGUCAAAUUCGCGAGUAUACAUAUUUUAGACACUGUUAGAAGUUAUCGGUCAUCAAAUGAAAUUUAACACAGUCAGCUACUUUUCGAUAUUGUAAUAUUUAAAGGCAGAGGUUUGUUCAGCGAUAAAUGUGAUAUCUGGUUCAAAACCGGACUGACAUUUCAUUAGCAGAUGUUUGUUUCAUCUGCAAAACGAUUUAUUUGAUAGUGUUUUUAACAAAGUCGUGAACGGAAACGAAGCUAUAAAAACAAUGAAGGUGCCUGAAUGGCAUAAAAAAUAAUGGGGUAUGGGAAUUCGUCAUGUGGGAUAUGAGGUGUGCAAGCAACGGAUGUUGCGGUCUGAGCAAAGGCACCCAGUCUGAUGGCCUAAUAUCAGAUACCUCCACCGAAGAAUUAACAUCCAGCAGUUCGACGGAAAAUUUAAAGGAUGACAAAAUCUCCAAAAAACUCCAUGCAAAGCAAUCCAAAGCAGCAAUCAAUGAAUUCCAAAACUCGACUGACUUGAUGAUACAAGCAUCAACCAGUUUGCAUCGAACUCAAACUCAAUAUCAAUUGUAUAUCCAAUGGGGAGUUUUGCUAAGUUUCGGAGUCCUGUUGUGGGUUGCACUAUGGGUGACUGAUAUAUUUAACCCAAACCCAUUCUUAAAGGAGGGUUGGCUUGCAGACGUAGCAACAGCAAAAAAAGUAACUUUGAAAACUGGAAUCGUGAAGAAACCAGCUCCGCCUGUAUGGUGGUUCCAGAAUUUGUGGAAUCAUACUUUGAACUCAUUGAUUUCUGUAACCACUUUGGACAGUGCUGUCUUUCUGACUUGCAUUACAAUUUUGGUUUACCUUGAAUCUCACACAAGAAAUAAUUGGCGAGGAACUCUUGUAAGACUUUACUGCAAGUGA